AUGGCCCUAACAAAGCAGAGAAGCCCUCGCGAUCCUGACGAUUUCCCUACGGUCCAGCUUUUCCUACUUGCUAUCGUUCGCCUCGCAGAGCCUAUUGCCCUCACUUCCAUCUUUCCCUAUGCGUGGGCUCUUGUCAAGCGGUUUCAGAUCGGCGAUGAGCAGAAUGCAUCAUUCUAUGCAGGGCUGCUCAUCUCUUCCUUCGCUCUGGCGGAGGCCAUGAUGGGCAUGUAUUGGGGUGGCCUCUCUGACAGGAUCGGCCGAAAACCCGUCCUUCUCGUGGGAUGUCUGGGAACCAUGUUCAGCAUGAUUUUGGUGGGAUUUGCCUCUAAUAUCUGGAUUGCCCUACUGGGAAGAGCCAUUGGCGGCUUUCUCAACGGCAAUAUUGGCGUGAUCCAGACCAUGGUAGGAGAGCUGGUAACAAAGCCAGAGCACGAGCCUCGCGCAUACUCCAUCAUGCCUUUCGUUUGGAGUGUUGGCACUAUCAUUGGCCCAUGCAUUGGAGGCACAUUCGCCGACCCCCAUGAGUCCUUCCCCGACAAGUUUCCAAUCGGAAGUCUUUUUGAGAGGUUCCCAUACCUCCUACCCAACCUCGUCUGCGCGGCUCUCCUUCUAAUCAGCAUUAUCCUCGGCUAUUUCCUCCUGGACGAAACUCACCCGGACAUGCAACCGCGUGUGUUGCUUCCGAAUGAUACCUACGUAUCCGAAGAGACACCCCUCAUUGAGACUUCCGAUGCCAUCAAGAGACCCGCAGUAGACCUGCGUGCCGAGACUUAUGGCACCAUGCGAAGUAGAAAUGGUCCGGUGGAGCGCAAGUGGGAGGAACUUGAGAAGCAACCGCCUUGCAACAUCUUCUGCAAGCGCAUCAUGGCCGUUGUGCUCUCGCUAUCUAUAUUUACUUAUCACAGUAUGACCUUUGAUCACCUCCUUCCGAUAUUCUUCGAAGAUGCGAGAGAGAUCACGGGCCCCUUGCUCUCGAGUUCAGUGUCUCUCUUCAACCCCUUCUAUUCGCCAGGAGGUCUAGGCCUUUCUCUCCGAUCCGUCGGAAUGAUCAUGGCCGUCAAUGGCCUCAUUGCACUAUUUAUCCAGGCCGUUGUGUUCCCAAUCGCUGCCGAGAGAAUCGGCGUCUACCGACUAUUCAUCAUUGUCACCGUGCUGCACCCAAUAGCCUACAUCGUCAUGCCCACCUUGCUCUGGGUGCCGGAAUCUCUGCUCUUCCCCGCUAUCUACGCUUGUCUGACGCUCCGGAACCUGUUCUCGAUCCUCGUCUACCCUCUGCUUCUCAUCCUGAUCAAGGAGGCGACGCCAAGCUCGUCCGUGCUGGGCAAGGUCAAUGGGAUGGCGGCGAGCGCUGGAGCCGCUUGCCGCAUGGUCGCCCCGCCGGUGGCUGGAUAUCUUUACAGUGUGGGGAGCAAGAUGGACUGCACAGCGUUGGCGUGGUACGGCAGUGUCUUCGUCGCAGUGCUCGGAGCCAUUCAGUGCUUCCAGGUCAAGCGUGAGAAGGUCGAUGAUGACUUCAGCGGAGAAACAGUCGGCCAAACCCCGAGAAAACAGCAGAGCACAGUCGCGGUUACAGCUAUAACCGAGAACGAGGAAUAA